CCCGCUUGUCUUCACAUUGCGAAAGGAUGGAACGCCGUACUGCGAUUACAACUAUCACAUGCUUGCUCUCCUACCAACCCAAGCAGCUUGUGCCCCACCCCACCACAGACCAUCUCCUGCUUGAGUUUGGCUGGUUUCGCCUUUCCCGGUUCAGCAAGCCUCUAGCGUCACUGUACGACUCACCCGCCAAAACGAAGACCAUCGGCAAGUGAUUUGGAGUAACAUGUCCCAGAAUGGAGGCGAUGAAACCAAAACGUCGUCGCCGGUGCGCCCACGGCAUCAGAUCACGCGGUCAAUUUCCGAGAUUUCCUCGCCCAUCCGCCUGCAUCGACAUCAUUCGCAUCGUACUAACAGGGAGACGGAGCGUGAGACGCGGACCUCAAACCCGCAAUCAGCGAUACUAGUCGUACAAGGCAGGCGCUCAUUCGAGUGGGCACGCUCCGAAAGAGCGACACCAAAUCUCACCCCUAGCGCUAGCCGGCGGACGAGCAUUCUCUAUGCCUCGGGCGAUGAAAUAAUGCCACUGCCCGGAACUGCGAAGAAUAACGGGAUGGCAGAAGGGCUGGUCAAGGAGCAACAGAGAGCAGCCGCCCGAGAGAGUGGCCUACAGAGGUCGCUAGCCGACCUCGAGACCUUUGCGAGAUCCACGACGAAACAGCUUGACGACACAUACUACUUGCUCCUCAAGAAGCUAAAUACGCUACAAAGCACAGUUGCAGCCCUGAAGGAGCUCGUCGAGCACUCCUCGCAACUGAGCAGCAGCUUCAGUGCCGAGGCCGAAGAGUUAGUCACCGAGUUCGGCGCCCAGCUCGACGGAUUCGGGCAGUUUGAGGACCAGCAGAGGCGCAUCGAAUCACUACAAAAUCGCAUACAGACGGGGCGAGAGCUGAUCAGGUCAUUAAGCGAGCGGGUCGAUGCCGUCAGUGAACGAAUCGAGAGUUGGGCGCGAGCAGACCGGGAAUGGCAGGAAAGGACGAGGAAGCGUCUCAAGGCAAUAUGGGUCGUCACCUCUGUCGCUAUCUUCCUCGUGUUUUCAUUGUUCAUCGGCUCGCAGUAUGUGCCUGACGGCCUUGAGGAGAGCGUUGCUCACAUCGCGAGCGACGGCUUGAACACCUUACGGGACGUAACCGGGACGAAGGCGGAUAUGCUGCGCAGCUCCCUGGACACAGGGUCACGAGGAGCCAGCAUCACGUUAUCACUCAACGGGACAGAACCACCAGGGCUAUCAUCCCAUACGCCUGACAUGCUCAGGGUGUUUGAUGAGCUGUGAAAUACAAGGAAUCGGGCCAACAAAAUGGCGCUAGUUCACCUUACCCUUAUUCAUCUCUCUGGUUCGGCUCGAUAUUUUACCAGCGACUUGACACAGUAUGUACCUUGAUUUACUGUAACCCUUAGGCUUAUCCUAAUUUCUCUAUCACAUUUGGCCCGCCGGUAGUGUAUGGAUACAGUGUACCUCUUAGCUCGGAGACGAAUUUCGCAGACCAAAACCGGCAAGACCUUGCCGCUUACGGAUAUUACCGGUGCAGUUCAGGGGUCUCUGAGCACAGCUCGCUCAGCCCUGCCGUGGAGGCCUCUUGAUCCUGAGGGUCCACAUCGAAUCAAAGAAGCACG